AUGUGCGGAUGGCUUCUGCUUCGGCCGAUGUACGGCGGUCGUUCGCACUUUUGGCAGAUGACCGCGCUGAGGCUGCUGGUCGCAUCCGCCGAUGAGUGCGACGACUACGUACGGCUGCAAUGGGUAGUGCCGUACUUGCUGACUGCACUACACGACGCGUCAGCUGCCGUACGGUGUCUGUCAGUGCGGGGAAUCGCCCGGACGCUGGCACGAGUGCAGAACGACAACAACGCAGCCGCCGCAGCGGCAGCCGCCGCGGCGGCGGCGGCGACGGGCAUGGCGCCGGGGCCGGCACCGCCGCCGAUCCGGUACGACGCAGAGGUAGCGGCAGUACGGAGCCAAAUUGAGCGCGGCGUGGUUGAGUUGGUGACUGGGCUGAGGUCCUCCGUGGACGUCAAGCGGGCCUGCUCUCCCACGUUUCCCUUCUGGCGGAGGCCUUUG